GGUUCCCGAAUUACGAGGGCGAAAAAGAAAAGAAGCUGGCACGCCAACGCCAACGCCAACGCUACACCUAAAAUUGCAAAAGAAGAUUCAUGGAAAGUUCAUUUCAUGUUCUAGUUACUUUUUAGUAUAUAAUUUUUUUUGCCUCUUCGUCUUGGUCCCCACGUCCCAUGGCUAUACGUCCUACUAUUCAGCUCCGCUAUUCGGUGUUCUUGGGGUUUUAAUUUCGGGGUUCUUUUUUUUUGGUUUCCCGCGGGAAUCUCGAGUAUCUGGUUUUUGUUCCUAGGGAGUAAUCGAAGGGAUUUAGUUGAGAUAUAUCGAUGCGAUCUAUGGAUACCUACAGAUGGAGCUGAAGUUAAGUUUCGUAGUAGUGCUUUUUUUCUGUUUUAUAUCUCGCUUUUGACUUUCCGUGGGCGGUUCACUAUGG